AAAACGCCCGUUUCUCCUCGGUAAUGAGAGGCCUCCUAAAAAUCGAUUCUUGCGUCUGCAAAUGUCAGGCGACAAAGAGAGAGGACAUGAUCUGAGCAGACGAACGCGUUUUCGUCGGCGCGAGCAUGCAUCGUCGUCUCAGAAAAAGAAAAGAUUUCUCCUUCGCAGGCGUAGCGCGUUCUUGCUCUCCUGCCCUCAACAGUCCCUCCGUUUUCUCUUUUUCCGUCGCAGUUCUUCGCUCGCCUUCCCGGAUCCUCGCUCUUGCUGCUUGCAUGGCUCUGUCUGUGCUGUCCAGGAAACGCGAAAGGCAGGAAGUUGCCUCAGCAGACGAGAAGUCUUUCUUUCUGAGAAGCCGAGGAACUCUCGAACUUGCUCUCUUCUCUUCGCGUCUGUCUUUGCCUCCAACGCAAAGUCGGCCUGCUUCUGCUGCGGAGUUUCUUCUCUGCAGGGUGACAAGCAGCGAACGAAACGUCGGCUGUGCAUGCAUUUCGUCCACAUUUAAUUACCGAUUCGUUCUCUUCUCCUUCGCGCGCCAGGCGGUUUUAUUGCCUCUGCGUUCUUCCGAAGAUGAGCGACUCAAACCCACUCUUCGCUGACGACUCGAGUCGCUCCUCCCCCGAUGCCGUCCUUUCGGGAGGACGUCCACCUCAUGCGGCGCCGCAGAGUCCUCCUCGACAAGGAGAGCGCGAUGCGUCCCCUUCUUUCCUGCAAACGGAAGCGUCCAUGAAACAGGCCGAAGAGGCAGAUUCUUCGCGACCUUCCCCUCUCCCAAAGUUGUCUCCUUCCUCCUCUCCGUCGGCCUCGCAGUUGUCUCCUUCGACCUCUGCUUGUGUGAAAGGCAGAGGAGAGAAGAAGAAGCCUCAGUUCAAGCGCCUGCGGAACUCUCAGCGCGUCAAGUUCCUCAAAGAGAGGCGGAAGGAGCGCUUAGAAAAACAUUCUGAAAUCCUUGCGCUUCGCCAGCAGCUGAACGCGCAGAGAGAAAACGGAGCAGGCGGCGCGAGGCUCGCAAACGAAGAGGCCGACGGAGAGACUCCAGAGUCAAAAGCAGCGCCGCCGAGCGGACGAAGCGCUACACCCAGAGUGCCGAAGAAGAAAUACGCGCUUCUCUUUGGAUACAACGGAGAGAAUUUCCACGGCCUGCAGAAACAAAUGCAGCCGCUCGACAGACUCCUCGCGGUGCACCAGGAGCUGGCGGCCGCCUCUCUCGCCAACGGCUCUUCUCCCCUCGACGAGGUCAGAGACGAGGUGAAGCCUACACCCGCGCAGGAAGCGUCCUUUCUGAAAAACGGCGACGGAUCCCUCCCUGCUUCCUGUGAUCCCUCCGCUGCGUCUGCGUCGCAGCCUUCUUCUUGUCUUCCUUCGUCUGCGUCUCUUGGACUGUCUCUGGAGAGUUUGGAGGCGCCGCCGCGGACGGUGGAAGGAGUGCUCGAAGAAGCUCUCUUGGCUUCGGGAGGCAUCGCGCCUUGCUGCCUCGGCUGUCUGCAGAAGCUUCAGUGGUCGCGGGCGGCUCGCACCGACCGCGGCGUCCACGCUGCAUGCAACGUAGUGUCACUGAAACUCUCUCUCGGUCCCGUCUCCUUCCGCGCAGACGAAAGCGGAAGUGAAGACGGCGCAGCGCCCGGCGAAGACGCGGGUAGGCGCGGAGAAGAAGAAGGAGAAGAAGAGAGAGAAGAAGCAAACGAAGAAGCAGACGGAGAAGAAGACGGAGAAGAAGACGAAGAAGAAGAGCGCGAGAAAGCAGACAAAGAAGCAGGAGGGGAAUGCGGAGACAACAGGAAGAAAACGAGCGGAGAGGCGUCUGUGUCUGCAGCGACUUCGAAUGCGACUGAUCUAGAGAAGUCCGGAAGCAGAGACAAAAUGAGAGAGAAGAGCGAACGCCUGGUAUGGCAACGCGAGAGAGAGGUAGCCUUCCUCGCAAGACUCAACGCAGCUCUGCCUCCCGACAUUCGCUGCUUCGCCGUGCGUCGCGUCACGAAGAACUUCGAUGCCAGAGUCUCUUGUUCUCGCCGGCGCUACGCCUUCCUCCUUCCUGCAUGGCUUCUGCAGCCCAUCGCCGUCCGCCGGGAUGUGAGGAAACUCCUGAGUGCGUACCAGCUCCGCUGUUCUCUCGCUCCUUCUGCUGCCUCUCCUGCUUCGGCUGUCGAGUGUGUGUCUGACGGCGGCAGCGGAUGCGACAGGAAGCGCGAACGAGCCGACGAGGGAUUCCUGGCCGUCGGGACGCGGCGGAAGACCGGGACCGCCGCCGAACAGACGCAGACCCGUGGAGGCGAGACUUUGGAAGCAAAUCCGCUUCUUCCGGCGCCUGUCGCCGCGCUUCAGCCACUCUCGCAAGAGGCGAAACGGCAGCUGAAAGCGGCUCUGGAGCUCUCCAGAGCAGAGGACGGCAGCGCGAAGGCGAGUCCAGAGAUGGCGGACUCGAAUCCUGACGCGCAGAAGCUCUCCGGUGUACGGACACCCGGCGGGGGGCGCGAGGCGGAGACAGGCAGUGUGUCGAGCGAACUGCAGCGCGCAGCCGAAACCGUGAAAGGCGAGGGAAGAUUCCAACUGGGCGAGAGACUCUUGGGCGGACCCCCGCCUGUCAUCUCCGCUCUCGCGCUCCAGGAAAACGGGGAGUACGUACACCGGAGCGCGUUUGAAAACGACGACCAAACUGUGCCAACGCCUCUGUCGACGGCAGAACUCGUGGAGAAACUGCGUGCGGUUUUCAAGGUCUUCGAGGGGACGCAUGCAUUCCAGAAUUUCACCAAGCGAGGCAAGCACAAAGACUCUUCUCCCGCGGCCUUCAAGAGACACAUACACCGAACGGCGGUUUCGCAGGCGCACCUGGAUGGCGUCUCUGAUGACGUUGUUGUGAUUGAGCUCGAAGGUCAAUCAUUCCUCUUCAAUCAAAUAAGGAAGAUGGUUGGAAUCGCCGUCGAGGUCUGCCGAGGCACCGCAACUGUCACGAGUUUAACUGACGCUCUCAGACCGAAUCGCCAAAACGUCUUCAUCCACACAGCUCCUGCAGAAGGCCUCCUUCUUCUCUCUCCGGUGUACGACACCUACAACCGCACGCGCGCAGCUCCUCCGGAACUCCCUGCGGUUGAAGUGGAGUCUAUUCAAGAGGAAAUCCUCUCCUUUCAAAGGAGUGCCAUUUUCCCUCGAAUCGCGCAUUCCUUCAGCACCACAGUGUGGAACGACUGGAUCGAAAACAUAAACUGGCACCCCUUCUUCCUGGAAAACAUCUCCUUCGGUGACGCUCGGGACUUGAUGGCCUCAGCGCCGGCCAGCAAGACCAGUUAGCUGCCUGCGCCGCAGGGUCUGUGGUGCGGAUGAUGGGCGCCUCGCUCUCGGAGCGCGGCCAGGCGCGCGAUGCACCUGCUCCUUGCCGCAGCCAGGAACUCGUGUUUCGCAAAGAAUCCCUUCAUGCAGAUGCGUUUCUGUGGAGAACAGUUGUGCGUUUACUCCCUCGUAAUCUUUUUGUGUGUGGUCUGUCUGGGUCCCGUCUGUUUGGCGCUCCUCGGUGCUGAGGUCGCCCGCGGCAGCGAUCAGAACUCGUCCUUCUCUCUGGGGGAAACCGCCUGUCUCCUUUUGAUGCUUCUCCUGGGUCGCUGCGUCGGCCUGACUCUUGUCUGUACUUCCGACAGA